CCGGCUCUCGGUGGGUGCAGCAGCAGAAGGAAGCGGAGUUUCCGGCUGUUCGCAGCGGAGGGUGAGGACUGCUGACUCCGCGAAACCCCGAGAGAAACACCGGCGGCUCGGGGGGUUGGAUGCUAACCAUCUGUAGUAUCGGUAGUGCUGGUUUGUUUUCUUUCAUAUCGGGGGGGAUCUGGGUGAUUUCGGACAGAAAACCGAGCACACAAGGCGGGUGUUGAGGAGCCACCAGCUACCGGCAUGGCCAGGGACUACGAUUACCUCUUCAAGCUGCUCAUCAUUGGGGACAGCGGGGUGGGGAAGAGCAGUCUCCUCCUGCGGUUUGCAGACAACACAUUUUCAGGUAGCUAUAUCACCACGAUUGGUGUGGACUUUAAGAUCCGGACGGUGGAGAUCAACGGGGAGAAGGUGAAGCUACAGAUCUGGGACACAGCAGGGCAGGAGCGCUUCCGCACCAUCACCUCCACAUACUACAGAGGGACGCACGGGGUCAUAGUGGUUUACGACGUCACGAGUGCAGAGUCCUUCGUCAACGUCAAACGAUGGCUACACGAAAUCAACCAGAACUGUGACGACGUGUGCCGAAUAUUAGUGGGAAACAAAAACGACGACCCCAACUCGAAAGUGGUGGAGACGACAGACGCACAGAAGUUUGCCGAGCAGAUGGGCAUCAACCUGUUCGAGACGAGCGCGAAAGAGAACAUCAACGUGGAAGAGAUGUUCAACUGCAUCACGGAGCUCGUGCUCAGAGCCAAGAAGGAGGUUCUCGCCAAGCAGCAGCAGCAGCAACAGAACGACGUGGUCAAACUCACCCGGAACAGUAAACGAAAGAAAAAGUGCUGCUAGCAAAGCGCCAGCGCGCCGCCGCCGAGAAGAGGGCGUCUCCUCUCCACACGCACCAACACCAGAGACUCAGAGCAUCUAAAUUAAAAACAGAUUUAAUAAAUAUACGGUGAAAGAUAAAUAAAUAAAUGGAGAUAAAAAAGAAAGUCCCCUUUGGACGAGUUAAUCAUGAGAGAGAGAGAGAGAGAGGGAGGAGUGUACAGAUUUUAUUAGACGUCAAAUCAAGUUUUAUUUGGACUUCAGAAGACGGGCACCGUUGACCUCCUCUGUUUAAGGAUCUGCGAGCCGACCGCCAUAACACACACACACACACACACACACACACACACACACACACACACACACAGCUCCUUCUCUGCACACAGGACAUUCAGAGUGGAGAAGGAGGUCACCGUUUCUCUGGAUUUACUUCUUAUUUUUGAGGGGGGGGGGGGGGGGAUGUCUGGAGGUUAUUUUUCUCAACAUUUCACACACCGCUCACGCCAACACAUCGUGGAUUUCUGUUUCGGAGAGGGAACAUCUUCUUAGCGGCUAAUCCGGCGGACAGAACUGGUCUUUUUUUGUUGUUGUUUUUGUCCGUCUUUUGCCAAGCCCCCCCGCCCCGCCCCAUAGCGCUGAGCCGACCAUCGAUUUUUAUGUUAUUUUUAAGGGCAGUUGAACCUCCUCCUGGACGACUGAAGCAACGUUCACUGCAGUCUCUCAUCGCUUUUAAACCCGUCUGUUUUUAAGGAAACAAACAGUACUGCCAAUAUUGUAGAAAGUAAAUAUCAGGAGCUCAGAGGCGCCUCUGAACUGUGCCAUGAGGACGGGGGUCUGAAGUUAUCCCCUGUCUCACCCUUCUGUAUUUCUGCACCCCCCCCCCCCUCACAUAUCAGCCCCUCUCACUGUCCUGCAUUCGCUCCCUCAGAGUGGGCGCUCCUCUCGCUGGGCUUCAACUCUCUGUUGGUUGGGGGGGGGGGGGGGUCACUGUCAGGGUUUACUGUAUCUCCCCUCAGCUUGCAGAAUAUUCCCAGCAGAUUUUCUCCAUCACAACGCCCCCCCCCCCCACCCCCCCCACGUGUUACCGGACAGUGUUUUUAUCACAGCUUCCAGGGUGAGAGUGAGGCAGACAGUGGGACUGUGUAAGGAAAACUUAACCUCCCAAAAUGUCUUCUGAAUUUGAAACACUGAACCCGUGUUCCCUUUUUAAAUACAGAGCUUCUUCAGAGGGCGCCUCGAGCAGCGCAGGACGAAGCUCUCUGAAAUAAUUCAAGAGAAACUGAAACACGAACGAUUAUUUUUUGUGGGUGAAGUAUUCCUGUUUCAUGGAAAGCAAAUCCCGGUGAAGUGCCGCAGAAGAGGGUUAGAGCCACGGCUGUUAUUUUAGGUCUGACCAAAAGGGGAAGGUCUUUUGGAGUUCAGUGAGGAAAAAGUCAAAAUUCUGAGGGAAAAAAUUGGAACUCUGAGAUUACAGCCAGAAGAGAGGAGACACAGUCGGAUCUCUGAGAACAUUUGGGAAUGCUGAAACAAAUUAGAUUUCUUAGAGGAAUUCUGAGAUUAAAGUCAGAGUUUUGACAAAGAAAUAAUCAGAUAUUUUUUCUGAAAUUCUUACUUUAUUCUCAGUGUUGUUCUUUGAACUUCUGGUUGGAUCCCUGAAUGAGUUCACCUGUGGCGCUACUCCUCUUCCUCUUCCGUUCGCCUCAUGAGUUCAUCAGAGGCUGAAGCAUCCUUCUAUCUUAAAUUGGGAGAAUAAGAAACGCAGAGCGCUGCCGGCUGAGCUCCUUCCCUCCUCUGCGGAGGAAGGAAAUCAAACCCCACUCUUUAUGAUUUCUACUCAGUACGUGUAUGUAUAUAUAAAUAUAUCUGUGUGUUUAUAUUCCGUAUAGAACAUACACACAGGAGGAAACACCGUCGGCUGUGGUUUGCUGUACACUGGAGAAAAAGACAUGUACUAUUCAUUUUUCCCGAAUUUAAUCAGUAACGUUUUAAAGGAAUAAAUAUUUGACACAUAAUGACUGAUCUCGUGUCAGUGAUUUGAGGCUCGCUCUUAACUUCAUUUUAAACCUGUGUCUUUUUAUUUUUGCUUUUCUGUGAAUAAAAGUGUACGGGAGGAAGUGUGAA